AUGGCGGAACGUAUCUUGAUGAACGAAUUUCGGUCUCUGUCGCAGGAGAAAUGGGUGAAUAUCGAGCUCCACGACGAUGACAUCUUCAAGUGGGAUGUGGCUCUGAUCGUGCUCAACCCGGACUCGAUGUACUACGGUGGCUAUUUGAAGGCGUCCAUGGCCUUCCCCUCCAACUACCCAUAUUCCCCCCCCACGUAUGAACUCCCCUGUCGGAUUUCCUAUUACGAUUUCCGUUUCCUACAAUCCAUCCUCCACCCGAACAUCUACCCCGACGGCCGACUAUGCAUCUCUAUCCUGCACCCCCCAGGCGACGAUGAGAUGUCGGGCGAACUGGCAUCCGAGCGCUGGUCGCCCGCACAGCGCGUAGAAUCCGUGCUCAUGUCCAUCCUCUCCCUGCUCGACGACGCCGAGGUCUCUUCGCCUGCCAACGUCGACGCCGCCGUGAUGUUUCGCAAUAACCUCGAAGAAUAUCGCACCAAGGUGAAACGUGACGUCGAGGAGUCCAAGCGAAACAUCCCACCCGGUUUUGUGAUGCCCACCCACGAAUCGACGGUACCCCUGCCGGUCGAGAAAGAAGAUCCGGACUUCUGGGCGGACAGCGAUGUCGAUAGCGACGUGUUCGGUGGCAGCGACUCCGAUGAAGAGCUGAACCUGGACCAAAGUGGUAGCGACGACGAAGACGAGGAGGAUGCGCAGGACGACGAUCGGAUGGAGUUCUAA